AUGGCGGCCCCGGCCAAGCGGCGCAGGGCGGCGGGGCCGGACCCCACGGCGGACUUCGUGGCGUGGUGCGAGGCGGCGGGCGUGGAGCUCAGCCCCAAGGUGUCCAUCAGCCGGCGGGGCACGGUGUCGGGCUACGGGCUGCUGGCCGCCGCCGACCUGGAGCCGGGAGAGCUGCUGUUCUCCGUGCCGCGCAGCGCGCUGCUGUCCCAGCACACGUGCGCCAUCCGAGCCCUGCUGCACGACGCCCAGGAGUCCCUGCAGAGCCAGUCUGGGUGGGUGCCGCUCCUGCUGGCCCUGCUGCACGAAUACACAACCAGCACCUCCCGCUGGCAGCCCUACUUCUCCCUCUGGCAGGACUUCAGCAGCUUGGAUCACCCCAUGUUCUGGCCAGAAGAAGAGCGAACGAAGCUCCUGCAGGGCACUGGCAUCCCCGAGGCAGUGGACAAGGACCUGGCUAACAUCCAGCUGGAGUACAGCUCCAUCAUCCUGCCCUUCAUGAAGUCCCACCCCGACAUCUUUGACCCUGAGCUGCACACGCUGGAGCUGUACAAGCAGCUGGUGGCUUUUGUGAUGGCUUACAGCUUUCAAGAGCCUUUAGAGGAGGAAGAUGAAGAUGAGAAGGGCCCCAAUCCUCCCAUGAUGGUGCCCGUCGCUGAUAUUUUGAAUCACGUGGCCAACCACAACGCCAGCCUGGAAUACGCUCCGAGGUGUUUACGGAUGGUUACAACACAACCCAUCAGCAAAGGGCAGGAGAUCUUCAACACCUACGGGCAGAUGGCCAACUGGCAGCUCCUGCACAUGUAUGGCUUUGCAGAGCCAUAUCCAGGCAACACCAACGACACAGCUGACAUCCAGAUGGUGACCGUACGGAAGGCAGCGCUGCAGCGUGCCAAAAGCGAAGCACAGCAGCAGCUGGUGGCUGAACAGUGGGACUUCUUGUGCCAGCUGGAGAUGGUGGGGGAGGAAGGUGCCUUCGUGCUGGGCUGGGAUGAAGUGCUGACAGAGGAGGAGCUGUCCACGACCCUGAAGGUGCUGUGCAUGUCAGAAGAAGAGUUCAAGGAGUACAAGGAACAAGAUGGCUGGGAGGAGGACAGUGAGGAAGAGGAAAGCUCGACCCUUUCUAAUGCAGCUCUCUCCAGACUGAAAGCCCCUUGUAAGAUGCUGCUUUAUGACAGCGUGCUGCUGACCCUGCAGUCGUACAGGUCAGACCUGAGAGCAGAGCAGGACUUGCUCAGUAAAGAGGUUUAUGAGAAACUGAGUCGAAGGGAGCAGCAAGCUCUGCACGUGCGCUACGGGCAGAAGAGGAUCCUGCAUCAGCUGCUAGAGCUGGUGCAAUAAAAGCCUCACUGCCCCCAGAAAUCAGCUGCCCAGAACUGUGCUCAGCCUUCAGCCUUCUCUUCUGCAGCAGCAAGGAUGGGAGGCAAGAUGGGCCCACUUGUCCCUCAUACGGCUUCUGGCUUUUUAGCUACCUCUGCAUAAAGAAUGAUUUUGCAGAGCACAAGAGCGUUCUUAGGUGCCCUGACAGUAAGAGGGCUGGAGCACAGCCACCCCUUUCAUCGAGAGGACUUGGUGAAACCCAGGUCUUGUCAUGGUUGCUUAGGGAAGGCUGACACACCACCAGCAUAAGAAGUGGGUUCCCUCACUCAGCAUCAGAGAUUCGAAGCAAUCACUGUGCCUCGUCCAGGUGAACAAGGCAGAAUUCCAGCUGGUAGCUCUUACCUCACAGAAAGAGCAGAAGUGCUAAGAACUGAACAGCUCACCUAGACUUCAAUACUGAGCAUUCUGCAAGCAGGAGCCCAUCAGCUUUCACAGAGGCUCAGAACAGCACAAUGAUUCCUCUCACCUCUGCAGAAGGCAUUCUGUAGGUGCUGGAGACUCUGAGAGCAGCCACAGGUCUGCAGGUUGGGUUUCUGAUACGUACCCUAACUCAGGCACCACUACUGUACAUCACGUGUAGCCUUCCUUUUCCCUUGGCAGCUUUGUAAGACAACACGCUGGAGGUUUGCAGGCCAAGCUGUGUUAAAUAAAGGUGGAGUUUCUUACCCAGCCACUGCUCUCUAUUCAGCAGGAUGCAACCCCCCCCCUCAAGAUGAUCUCUACAUUAAUUUUAGCUGCAGUGACAGCAAACAAGCAAAGGUUAGCUGCAGCCCUACCUGCACUGCUGGGGUCCAGAGUGCUUUAACAUUACUGCACGUAAUGGAGUAAUGCAGCGGCUGUUCAGAGUCUGGUCUGCCAUCCAGGCUUGGCUCUACAGCAGGCUACACUUCAAAGCAGGCACACAGCAGUGAAUGGAAAGGUUAUUCUUUCAGCCAGAGGGCAUUACAAGCCAGGGCCCCUGCUGGCAAGGACACUGGAAUCCCCACAGCUGGCACCAGCACACAGCACAGCGCCAGCUGGGGGUUCUUUCCCUCAUCAGGAAGAAACAAGGUCACCUGUACCCUCCUGCCUGCCCAUGAGCUUCAUGUAACACAGGUUGGGAUUCUGGCAGAGUCCCCUCUGCCUCUCACCCUCUUUUACACCAGCCUGACAGCUCCUAAGGCCUAAAGGGAACCAGAUGUGUACAGCAGUAUUAGUACAGAAGCACAGAGACCUUUGAGCUUUAGCAGAGCCAGCACUGGGAGCCAGUAGGACAAGUCAACAAGCUCACCUGCAGAGCUUGGCUUAAACAGCAGAAAAACCCUGUCAAAUCUGCUCUGGAUAAAGCUAGUUGCUGUUAGUUCUCUGUGUCCUAACCCACUGCAGGAGGGAAGAGCAAGCUGGAGUGUCAGCUGCAUAGCCAAAAUGUCACAACUUGCAGUGAAUCCCUCUUCCUAUCACUCCUAUGUUGUAAGGCCAGAGGAGCUCACAGUGUUCAUCCCUACAGGUUGAGCUAGGUAAACCAGCAGGUUUGCAGACACUCAGUGAAGGGAGUGUUGUAUCAGGGAGCAUGGCUAGGAAUAAAGCUGGGCUGCUACCUGUGCUCUGCGUCCCUCCACCGCUGUCUCCUCUCUAGCACUCUGCUUGUCAACUUCCCACCUCCACGUAACCAUCGCGCCCCUCCUUCUGGCACUAAGAACCAAGGCUUCAUCUGUUCACAACAGGUCUUCCCUCUUCUCGCCAGGCAGCAUCCAAAACGCACUGGAAAACUGCACAUUUUUGGAUGGCUGAAAACAGAAUUUUGAAAGGCAGUGACUGGCCAGGUAGGAUGGAGCUGGAGAGAAUAAGCAGAGUGGCACGUGCUGCAUGUCAUGACUUUAAUGUGUAACUACAGUAUGCAUACAUACAAGAAGUGGGAGAACUAAAGCCCAAGAACUAGAAAGGCUACAAAAUACAACACGUGGACCAAUACUUUACAAAACAUUCAAAAUCCUUACAAAAUGGGCUGUAUUGGUCCUUUGUUUCUUUAAUUUUCUGUUUCUUUUUGCUGUUUUGAUUUUUUUUAAUUUUUUUUUUUUUUUUUU